AUGGUUUGCAUCACAUCAGACCCAGCACUGGACAUUGCCCCUGAUUUUGUAUCUGCAACCUUCCAAGGCAUAAGAGACCGCAUCAUAGGAAAUAUGCAGGCAACUCAUGAAGAAGUAGCCAAUGAACUCACUACAGCUUGGAACACACAAGUCAAUGAAGAAACUCACCUUGCAGCAGAGGCAGCACAUACCAAACAAGAAUGUUGCAAGCAAGAACAACUCCUCCUAGAGCAAGAGGUAGAGAAUGAGUGCCAUGAAGUGAAAAAGAAGCCAAUGAUCAACAACUUCAAAACAGGUGCCUUGGUCAGUGAUACUCUCACUCACUGGCCAUCCCAAUAUGCAAUCCACAAACUCAAGUCGGUCAAGUACAUCAAACUGUGGUAUUUCAGCCCUGAUGAGUGCAGAGAGGCAGCCAAUGAAGUUAAGUCCUCAGCUGACAGUACCUUCGGCUUCACAAAGGUUGACAACUUCAUCACCCUAAAGACCAUAGCCUCAUUCAGGCCAUCCCACAAGGUCAUCCAAGACCAUGGUCUUGAAUGGCACCAGUUCAACAUGGCAAAGAACAGUUUCCUAGUAUACAUCAAUAAACUCAACUGGCCAGAGAAGCACCAGCAUGCUCUCACUAUGUUCUUUAUGAACAUCAUCUCUAACCCACAGCAGGCUGAACUGUUCGGUGAACACACCCUGCUCCUUUAUGCUGUCCGUGUUUGA